CACACAGAUACAUGCGUGAUGCGCGUGUCAUAUGAUUGAUGAAACCCUGGCUGGUUUUCAGGGAACAAACACAAACAAAAUAGCAGCAGCAGCCAUUAGUCCAUUACACUUACUACCACAACAACAAGAACCCUUGUGUUAAUAUGGCCAAAUCAUCGCUCAACACUGCCAGAGAAAGAGAAGGGGCUUCAAAUAUAGCUGAAGAUUCUCGUCCUGUAAAACGCUGUAAAAUUGAGAAUUCAAGGGGUGAAUCAAAGUAUUGUCAUCAGUGUAAAAGGAGUGAUAAAGGGCGUGUUGUGAAAUGUGGCUUGUGUGAGAAGAAGAAAUACUGCGUACCUUGCAUUUCGAAAUUCUACCCAAAGAUGAAAGAGGAAGAUUUUGUUAAGGGGUGCCCUUUUUGUCGAGACAUCUGCAAUUGCAAAAGUUGUUUGUGCCUAAAAUUGCCAAUUAAAAAUGCAACAAGUCUUACUAAAGAAGAUAAAUUCUGCCACUUGAAAUAUCUCUUGAAACGGCUUCUCCCUUUUGUUAGCAAAUUCAAUGAACAACAAAAUUCAGAGAGGGAGAUGGAGGCUAAGAUUCAAGGGUUAUCAGUGUCGGAGGUUAAAGUGCAAGCAUCAAAUUGUCCAGUUGAUGAACGUCUGUAUUGCAACUACUGCAGAACUUCUAUUGCCGACUACCAUCGGAGCUGUACACGUUGUCAUUAUGAUCUUUGCAUUACUUGUUGCCAGCAGUUGCGAGAUUGUUGUUUGCAUAAAAGACAUAUUAAAAUCUUUCAAUAUGUAGAUCCUGGGGAAGGCUAUAUACAUGGUAAACAGUGUAAGAGUAAUGGAACUUUGGGCACGACUGCCAAAACAAAGAACGGCGCUCGUGUGAAGUUAGAAUCUGAAUGGAAACCCAACAAAGAUGGUAGUAUAUCUUGUCCACCAGAGAGAAUGGGUGGCUGUGGUAAAGGAAUUCUAAAAUUGAACCAAGUCUUACCAAACAAUUGGCUUUCAAACAUAUUAGUGAAAGCUGAAAAGUUAUAUGAACUAUAUAAGCUGAAUGACAUGCCAGAAACCCCUGCACAUUGGUGCUCCUGUUAUAAUUUGGCUUCUAAUAACAUUGCCAAAAGAAAAUUACGAAAAGCUGCUUCUCGUGACCACUCGAACGACAACUACUUGUAUUCUCCAAGUGCUAUAGACAUUGAAGCGGAAGAUUUGAAGUGUUUUCAGGCCCAUUGGUCAAGAGGUGAACCUGUGAUUGUUAGCAAUGUGCUUCAAAGUACGUAUGGUUUAAGCUGGGAACCAAUAGUGAUGUCACGAGCAAUCCGUGAGACAAACUCGCAGACUGAUAUAGCUGUUGUUAAUUGUUUGAAUUGGUGCGAGGUGAAACUAAGCGUAAACAAGUUCUUUACAGGCUAUACAGAGGGCAUAUUUGACAAGGCUGACUGGCCCCAAAUGCUGAAGUUGAAUGAUUGGCCCCCAUCUGGUGUAUUUGAGGAUCAUCUCCCACGUCAUAACGUUGAAUUUAUAAGUUCUUUACCAUUCAAGGAGUACACGAAUCCACAGAGCGGCUUCUUAAAUCUUGCUGUCAAGUUACCCAAUGAUCAUUUGUUGCCAGAUACGGGGUCGAAGCUGUAUAUUGGCUAUGGCUUUCCCCAGGAACUGGGACGUGGAGACUCUGUAAAGAAAAUCCACUGUCACGAGUCAGAUGCAGUGUAUGUGCUCACACAUGCUAAAGAGAUGACGUUUACUCCUUCACAGCUCGCUGAGAUAAAACAGUUAAAAGAAAAGCACUAUCUUCAGGAUCUGAGAGAAUUAUACAUGAACGGGCAAAUUACAGAUGGAAUAGAGCAGCAGAAGGAACUUAGUGAUAUAGAUGAAUUAGAAAAGACAGAUGGGGGUGCCCUUUGGGACAUUUAUCGCAGAGAGGACGCCUCUAAGUUGAAAGAAUAUCUCUCGAAACAUUUAAAAGAGUUCAGACAUAUAUAUUGCCUGCCAGUAAAACAGGUUUUUGACCCUAUUCACGAUAGAUCAUUUUACUUGAACACGGAGCAUAAGAGGAGGCUUAAGAAAGAAUAUGGAAUUGAACCAUGGACUGUGGUGCAAAAUUUAGGAGAUGCAAUUUUUAUACCUGCUGGAUGUCCUUGUCAAGUCAGAUAUUUAAAAUCAUGUAUGCAGGUUUCAGCUGGCUUUGUGUCACCUGAAAAUAUAGAUGCGUGCAUCCGUUUAUCUGAGGAAAUCCGUGUCCUUCCUCUGAAGCACCGGGCGAAGGAAGACAGAUUAGGGGUAAAAAAAUUGAUCGUUCAUGCAAUGAGACAAGUCUUGGACGAGUUGGACGUGUUUACCAACUUUCAGUGUCCUACCAAUCACCCUAUGAAGACUGAGUGUGUGGAUUUGAAUUUUGAUCCGUCAAAAGAAAUUGGAUACCUGGGAUCAGUGCCAGACUUUGAUCUUAAAAGUGACUUUCAUCCUGCUAAUUUGAAAAUAUAUGCUAGGCGCCUAUCAAAGAAAACACGGGUACUGGAUCAUAGUCCUAGAUGUGAUGCUACCAUAUUCAAGAGUGAUUUUCAAAAGAAGGUUAAUAAAUUCAAGGAUAUUUCUCAAUCCAUAACAAAAAUAUCGCAACCUCCGUCCUCUAACGGUUGUCCAGGCUUUUACAAUCGAACACCCAGGUCAGUCCCUGCUGAGACAGUUGGGUUCUUCAAGCAGUUGGAGGAACUAAUUCAAGAAAAUAAGUUUGAUGUAUUUAAGACACUUCCUCCCCAAAUUCAGCUGGAUAUACAGAUUAUCCAGAAGUAUGAAAAAAUGCUCAAGAAGUAUUUGUCUGGACGCCUUCUGGACCUUGCUGAUGAUUUAAAUUACCAAGAGUUUACUGAAGCCUUACAUGGUUUGCUGGCUUGUAGGAGGAUCCCUUCACGCUUGCAGCAGGGAUUCUUAACCCUUCGUCGGGAUUUGCCAUAUUUAAUAAGUAGAGCCUAUGAGCUUCACAAGGAAGUGAACCGGGGCAUGGUUUUACCUCUUGCAAGGUCCAGCGAGAAAGAGGGGUUGAAGAGCAUGUUGGGUAAAUAUAGUCGGAUUGAAGAUACUCUGGUGAAUUUGGAGAAAGAGAAAGAUGAUAACUUGUUCAAGAUAGACAAACUUCAGAUGAGUAAUGAAAACAUAAGUGCGGAAGUCACAAAACUUAGCGCUGAAAUGGUGAAGAACGUUGUUUUUGGUGGCUGUGGUAUAAUGUGCAAUGACAAUGUGAGGGAGCUGGAGCAUAUGAAAGAGCGUAACUCAGAUGAGAUGGUCAGACUUCAGGCCAAAAAUGAAGCCAUAGACGCGAAGAUCGUCGAGCUUGUUGAUGAAACUGAAGCGUUACAGAAGGAUGCUGCUGCUCAGAACCAUAAAGUGAUGAACCUGGAGGCCUUGGGAUCAAUAUACGAGGCAAAUGUGGAGGAAGCUAUGGAUAGGUUGGUUAUCAUGGAGCUCAAAUGGAAGCAACAUGCUGAGUCCCUGCACUAUUGAAUUGCAUUGUUUUAUUGAAUUUUAACCCUCUUCACUUGCUCUCUUUUUUAAGACCUCAAGAAUCUUCAUCAGCCUUAAUUCCUAUUUAAAACUCAAUUCAGGGUGUUUAGUAGAA